CUGGAGAGGAGCGGACUGAACGCCAGGUUGAAGCGCGGCAUGCGAUAAAGAGUUGCACUGGAACCGACUUCCCUCCGUCCCUGGUGAAUCUAAACUUUACACAAGAAGCACCUGUACCCAUAUUCUGCAAUAACCGGGCGGCUCGCAUUAAACAGUAUGUCCGGCAGCACCGUAGCCAGGGUGCUGGUUGCGCUCUGUAUCGGGAGCGCGGUGAACUGUUUGCCUCAAGGGACGCGCAGGACCCGGCGACAAGGGCAUCACGUCCCCUCAGUCUCUCAGGAUGGUUGUCAAGAGAAUGGCGUUUUGUAUGGCAUUAAUGAACAGUGGGAGCGGCGGUAUAGGGACAGCACUCUGGUCUGUACCUGCCAUGGAGUUGCUGGUAUCAAGUGUAAAAGCAAACCUGAAGAAGAGGAAAGGUGCUACGACAAGACCAACCAGCGGUCCUACACUGUGGGAGAAACCUAUGAGACACACAAGGACGGCAUGAUCUGGGACUGUACCUGUAUCGGGUCUGGGAGGGGCAAGAUCAGCUGCACCAUUGCCAAUCGCUGUCAUGAAGGUGGGGCUUCAUAUAAGAUAGGUGACACCUGGAGGAGACCCCAUGAAACAGGAGGCUACAUGUUGGAGUGUGUCUGUCUGGGCAACGGCAAGGGAGAGUGGACCUGCAAACCUGUCUCUGAGCGUUGCUAUGACAACACGGCGGGCGCAUCCUACGUUGUUGGGGAGACAUGGGAGAAGCCGUACCAGGGAUGGAUGGUGCUGGACUGUACAUGUCUGGGAGAGGGAAGUGGACGCAUCACAUGCACCUCCAGAAAUCGCUGUAACGACCAGGAUACUCUGACUUCCUACCGUAUUGGAGAUGCGUGGACCAAGACAGACGCCCAGGGCCACCAACUCCAGUGUCUGUGCACUGGGAACGGCCGAGGGGAGUGGAAGUGUGAGCGACAUGCUUCUCUUCACACCACUGGCCUAGGCACUGGCUCUCGUGUGAUCACUAACAUCCAGCCUGUGGUCUACCAGCCUGCCAAUGUGCCUGAGCUUCCCCAGGAGGGACCCUGUCGGACAGAUGCAGGACUGACGUAUUUCAUCGGCCAGCGCUGGAUUAAGAACCAGGGAACCAAGCAGAUGAUCUGUACUUGUCUUGGCAAUGGAGUUAGCUGUGAACAGUGGGACGGACCAGCUCCAGUAUAUGGUGGCAACUCUGGAGGUCAGCCCUGUGUGUUCCCCUUUGUCUACAAGGGGAAGACCUACCACUCUUGUACCUCUGAUGGACGCAGUGAUGGACAGCUCUGGUGCUCUACCUCUUCUGACUUUGAGACAGAUGAGAAAUAUUCUUUCUGCACAGAGAAGAAUGUAAUGGUGGCAACACGAGGCGGUAAUUCUAACGGCGCUCUGUGUCAGUUCCCCUUCCUCUAUAAUGGCCGAAACUACACUGACUGUACUGCAGAGGGACGUAGAGAUGGCAUGAAGUGGUGUGGCACCACAACCGACUAUGAUACAGAACAGCGCUUUGGGUUCUGUCCCAUGGCUGCCCAUGAAGAAGUGUGUACGACCACUGAAGGGGUGAUGUACCGUGUGGGAGACCAGUGGGACAAACGGCACGAUGUUCUGGGUCACAUGAUGCGAUGUACCUGUGUUGGCAAUGGCAGAGGAGAAUGGAGUUGUGUCGCUUACUCCCAGCUUAAAGACCAGUGUAUCGUGGAUGGUCUGACCUAUGAGGUGAACCAAACCUUCACCAAACAACACGAGGAAGGCUACUCGAUGAACUGCACUUGCUUUGGACAGGGGCGUGGACGCUGGAAGUGUGAUGCCAUAGACCAGUGCCAGGAGCCGGAGACGAGAGCCUUCUAUCAGAUUGGAGAGUCUUGGGAUAAAGUCAUCCAUGGAAUCAUGUACAAGUGCUAUUGCUAUGGCAACGGCCUUGGCGAGCUCAGCUGCGAGCCCCAGCAGUAUCCUGGUGGUCAUCGUCCUGUCCAGGUGGUCAUAUCAGAAUCUGGAAACCAACCCAACUCCCACCCUAUUCAGUGGAAUGCCCCACAGUCUGCUCACAUCACCCAGUACAUCCUGAAAUGGAAAGUGAAAAACACUUCAAGCCCAUGGAGAGAGGUCAUAAUCCCUGGCCACCUUAACACCUACACCAUCUCUGGGCUGAAGCCGGGCAUCACCUACGAGGGUCAGCUAAUCAGCGUGUUGCGGUUUGGACGCAGAGAGAUCACACGCUUUGACUUCACCACUAAUGAUGGAUCAUUGGCACCAUCACAAGGCGAGACCACCCCAGUUCCGCCUAUGGUCGACAUCUCAGAGUCGGUGACUGAAAUUACCUCCAGCAGCUUUGUCAUCUCCUGGGUUUCCGCCUCAGACACAGUUUCUGGUUUCAGAGUAGAGUAUGAGCUCAGUGAGCAGGGACAGGCAACUGGACAACCCAUGGUGCUAGACCUGCCCCGUACAACUACCUCAGUGAACAUUAAUGAGCUUCUACCUGGGAGGAAGUACACUGUUAAUGUCUAUGAGGUUACAGAUAGUGGAGAUGACAACCUAAUUUUUACUACUUCACAAACCACUGCACCUGAUGCUCCUAGUGAUCAUGAAGUGGAGGAUGUGGGAGAAACUUCCAUUGUGAUCAGUUGGGAAAAACCACUGGCUCCAAUCACUGGCUAUCGUGUUGUCUACACACCGUCAAUAGAAGGUGAAAGCACGGAGCUGAAUCUCCCUGACACAGCAACAUCUGUGACUCUGAGUGACCUUCGACCCGGGAACUUGUACAACAUUAGUAUCUACGCUGUGGAGGACAGCCUGGAGAGUGAGCCUAUCUUUAUACAGGUCAACACCGCUGGAGAUCCUCUACCAGAUGAAGUGGCUUCUCCUACAGACUUGCAGUUCUUCCAGGUGUCAGAUAAAAAAAUCGUUCUGACCUGGACUAGCCCAGCCAGUGAAGUCUCAGGUUACCGGGUCACCGCCAUCCCAGUUGAUGAGUCUGGUACUCCACAGAGGGAGAUGACUCUGCCUGUCAGUCAAAACUCCUACAUUGAAGUGUCACAGCUACAGCCUGGAACACUGUACCGCUUCAGUAUCUAUACCAUUCACAAUGGGCAGGAAAGUUUACCGCUUAUUGGGGAGCAAACUACAAAGCCUGAUGCUCCCACAGAUAUCCAUUUCGCCAAUGUGACAGAGGACAGUGCUGUGAUGUUGUGGUAUGCCCCCCGUGCCAAAAUCUCUGGCUACCGUCUCCUCCUCUCUGUUGAGGGCUCCAACCCUAAGCAGCUGCGCUUGCCUGCCCGCCUUACUCAGUACACCCUCCUCAACCUGAAGCCCGAUACAGAGUACACUGCUACGCUACAUGCAGAGAAAGAGACAACACUGAGUGAAGGAGAGACAGCUGUAUUUACUACUAGCCCGGCAAUGGGCAACGCUCCUCAUUUCAGCACAGAUGUGACGGACACGUCCAUUAUAAUCUCCUGGACUCCAGUUCCCCACAUUGGAUACAAGUUGACAGUACGUCCCAGUCAGGGCGGAGAAGCUCCCAGAGACGUGACCUCUGACUCGGGAAGUAUUUACGUUUCUGGUCUAACUCCGGGAGUGGAGUACACCUACAGCAUCCAGCCAGUCAUAAACGGCCAUGAGCAGGGAACCCCAAUCACACACCGUGUUGUCACACCUCUGUCUCCUCCCACUGAUCUCAACCUGGAGUCUAACCCAGGCACAGGAGACCUAACAGUUCAAUGGAAUGGGGCUAAUACACCAGACAUCACUGGCUACAGAGUGACAUGCACUCCCACCAAUGGCCAGCAAGGAAACAGUGUGGAGGAGUUUGUGGAAGCAGGGCAGAACUCCUGCAUCCUGGAGAACCUCAGUCCAGGAGUGGAGUACAACAUCAGUGUUGUUACUGUCAAGGAUGAUAUGGAGAGCGUUCCUAUAUCAACUACCAUUACACCAGACAUCCCACAGCUGACGGACCUCAGCUUCAGGGAUGUGAGCGACACCACUAUCAGCCUCCGCUGGUCGCCGCUCAACACCACAGCCAUCACUGGUUACAGGAUCACUGUGGUGGCAGCCGGCGAGAGUGUGCCCAUCUUUGAAGACAUGGUUAUGCCAACGACUGGUCAAUAUACUGUCUACGGGCUGGAACCUGGUAUCGACUAUGAGAUUAGUGUGAUCACUGUGACGGAGAAUGGCGAGAGCGAGCCCACCACAGUCACUCAGCAGACCUCUGUACCAGCCCCGACGGAUUUGGGCUUCAGCAAGGUCGGGCCAGACACUAUGGAAAUCACCUGGGUCUCUCCCCGGGUCCCCAACACUGCUGAUAUCAACAACUUCCUCAUUAGGUAUCACCCCAUUGACGAUGAAGAUGACAGUACAGAAACCAGCGUAGGAAGCAGGAUUAACAAUGUGGUGCUAAGGA